AUGACGAAGGAUUUACUUGGGUACUGGGAGUCCCUUGUCCCGCCGCAACCACCGCCGGUCUGGAAUUAUACUGCCACGGAAGUUAUAGACCUUGCUUAUGGUCUAGCCCAAAAGUCGGACGCUGUGUAUGAAAGCGUGUUUUCUCAAAAAGACGAGUUCACUUUGGACAAUUAUAUCUGGCCGCUUCUCUACAAUGACCAGGAGACAGAUCUCCUCUGGAACCAAUUGAUAUUUCUACGCAAUGUCUCGCCUGAUCCAAAGGUCCGCGAAGCGUCUUUGAGUACCGGGAAGAUUUUGGACCAGUGGGUCGCCAAUAUUUCAUCGAAGUACGACUUGUACACCAACUUUGAACAUAUAUGGACCCAAUACAAGGACGACGAAGAGUUCAAAGUGACGAACUACGAGUUGUACAAGUAUAUGGAGAAGGAUGCAAGCUACUAUAAUCGGAACAAAAGAAACCUCACCAAUGCCGAAUCGAUCGAACUUGGACAGGUGACGAGGAAGAUAUCUGUGGACACCCUUCAAUUCUCCAUCAACCUUGGCGAGGAAACCGAAUACAUCACGUUUACAGAGGAGGAAUUAGAAGGCGUGUCCCCCCUGGUGUUGGACCAGUUUGAGAGAAUUAUUGAGGGUGGGGUUAAAAAGUUGAAGGUCACUUUCAAGUACCCUGACAUCGGCCCUGUGUUGCGUACAGCUACGAAUCCUGAGACACGCAGGAAAGCGUAUGUGGCAGACCAAAAUAGGGUGGCUGCUAACGAGCAACUACUAUUCGAGACCUUGGAUUUGCGGCGGCGGAUGGCGCAGCUCCGUGGGUACAAGAAUUACGCAGAGUAUAAUCUACGCGAUAAAAUGGCGAAAAAUGAAGAAACAGUUAUCCCGUUUCUCACCGACUUAGUGGAGAGGCUAUUACCCGUCGGAGAGAAGGACCGUGAGAUAUUGAAGAGUAAAAAGGCCGAGGACUACAAGAGCAAGAACCUUACUUUUGAUGGGGAAAUCUACGCAUGGGAUAAUGCCUACUAUAACAACAAGAUAUUACAAGAAAAGUACCAGAUAGAUCCUGAAGAUAUGGCGCAAUACUUCCCAAUUGAAAGCGUUAUUGAAGGAAUGCUUGAUACAUACCAGACGUUGUUCCGCUUGAAGUUUGUGGAAGUAACGGACCCGAGCCAGAAGAACGUGUGGCACGAAGACGUAAAGCAGUUUGCAGUCUGGAACAUCGACGAUGAGGACUGUCCCGAGUUCCAGGGUUGGAUAUAUUUCGACUUAUAUCCCCGCGACGGUAAGUACAGUCAUGCCGCCAACUUCGGGAUGGCUUCUGCCUUCCGUAAAAAGGAUGGCUCCCAAUCGUACCCGGUUACCGUCUUGGUUUGUAAUCUCUCCAAGCCAACACCCACUCGUCCCGCUCUCCUCCGGCCCGGGGAGAUCACCACCUUAUUUCACGAGUUGGGCCACGGCAUACACCACCUCGUUGCAAACAACAAGCUUGCAGCGCACAAUUCCCUUGGUUCCGUCCCCUGGGACUUCGUCGAGGCGCCCUCGCAGAUGUUGGAGUAUUGGACCGGUCGUCGCGACGUUCUAACUAUGUUGUCAAAGCACUAUGAAACCGGCGAGAAAAUCCCGCCCUCCCUUUUGGACGCCUGGUUCAACAGCUCUGGCCUCGGCUCGGGUCUCUAUUACUUGGGUCAGCUCCGCCUCGGCCUCUUCGACAUGUACGUGCACACCCGCGAAUACCACGGCCUGGAAGUGCGAAAGUUAUGGAACGAUAUGCGCAGAGAGAUCUCGCUCAUCAACAGCCAGAACUACACAUCUACCGGUUAUAAUACUUUCGGGCACAUUAUGACCGGGAGCUAUUCAGCAGGCUACUACGGAUAUCUCUGGUCCCAGGUGUUCGCGGCAGAUAUGUACCAGACAAAGUUCAAGAGCAAUCCAUUCAAUUCCACAGUGGGAAGACAAUACAGGGACACUAUUUUGGCUCCUGGUGGCUUAUACGAUAUGAACGAUAAUUUGAGAAAGUUCCUAGGACGAGAACCAAAUAACAGAGCUUUCCUUCGAGGACUUGGCUUCAAUGCAACUUCAUUGUCCAGGUUAUUGCAGGUCGAAUCAGCCGAAUCUGUACUCUUGCCGCGCUCGGACUUAAGGGAGCUAUUUACUAUUUAG